AUGCUGCAAGAGACCAGGGAGCAGAUUCUACACUCUCUCAACAGCGUCCCACAGACGGUGGAUUUCGUCGAACACGCGCGCGAGACCGUAACGGAUAAGCCGCUCCAGGAUAAGACAAUCGACCUUUACAUUUCCAUUCUAUGUGCCGUGGACGGCCUGGUCGCGUAUCUUGUCAACGACUCCGCGUUAGGGAAAAUCGGCAAUGUUCUUCUCAAAGGACCAGAAUUUGAGCGUCAUCUCGUCAAGCUUAUCCAUGAUAUCGAUACCUAUAAUAAACGGGUUUUGGCGCGCAUUAAGAUCCUCAGGAACAGGUUCAUCGCCAGGACGGACGCGGGCGUGAGAAGACUUGGUGCGAGAUUAUCGCAGAAAGACCUUACUCUAUCAAAGAUUGAAGACGGUCAGAAGAACAUGUACUAUUUAGUGAGGAGUUUUAUGGCCGAUCUCUUACGAUCUGUUCCCUGGAGGCCAUCGCAAGAGGAGAUUAUGCGGACAUUACGUGAAGCAACGUCAAAUGGUCCCAGAGCCGCCAUUAAUGGAACAGAAUUAAUUCUUCUUCUCGGUUUCAGUGACAGGGAGUCAGGAGAGAGCGAAACGGGACUCCUAAGUCACGGCAACAUGGCAGGAAAGAGGGACCCGAAGUUUCAGAAGUGGCUGUCAACAAGGCCGUCUGAGGUACUCCUCGUUCAGGAUAACAUUUUUUCCACCGAAUACGGACGGAUCACCACCAUGUCGGCCCUGUGUGCGUCUCUCAGCCGAAGUCUUCGAGAAGACUACGGUGUAAUCUCGAUGCAAUUCUUCUGCGGCCAGCAUGCUGCUCCGGACGACUCCUUGUACGGGCCCGUCCGUCUGCUCAGGUGCCUCAUAAAGCAACUAAUCUGCACAUCUGGUUACGAUUUUGAUCUCUCGAUUCUGAAUCCGCCGCGUCAACGCAAAGCUAUCGAAGAAGGCGACCUUCAAAUGCUAUGUAACCUAUUUCGCGAGCUCGUUUACCAACUCCCGCCUGACACGAUGCUUUUCUGUUCCAUAGAUGGUUUGUCUUUCCUCGAGAAACGUCCCUAUCAGCACCAGGUAUCGACCGUUAUGCAUACCUUAGUUCAGCUCACACGGGACCUGGACCUGAACUCCAUCUUCAAGCUCCUGGUCACCGAUCGCGCCCAGGUGGACCACAAUCGGUAUAAUAUCCGCCCGGCAGAGUGUUUACUGUUGUCGAGACAUGUAGAUUUUGAGGGCUACGACCUCACGGAAAGAGAGGUCAUGGCGCAGCUACAGCGAUCCAUGAAUCCCAUGUACGCGCUCCCUGAUCAGUCUGAUUCCGAUAGCAGCGACAGCUGGCCUGAUGCUGAAGAUUACAACACUGAGGAUGGGCGGUGGAAACACGAAAUGAAUGAUUGA